ACAACAUCAGCAGAGAGAAAAUCAACCAUCUUGUCGAGUAAGUCAGAAAGAGACGCAACAACAAUAACACAAAGAAGAACAUCUACAAAUUCAGGGACAGUGACACCGAUUCCAACAACCGUCUUGUCAAGCACAGUAACUCUGGAAGGAACUACAGUUCCAACAACAACAGCUACUAAACCUACAACAGUAAUAACACCAGCUGAAACAACAACAGAGGAUGUAUGCACCCCAUACUGGACAGAAUUCUUCAACGAGAACACGCCAACUCAUGGACAAAAUGGAUACGAAUUGGAAACACCGUCAUUCCUUCAAACACUGUAUGUCAUAUGCAAGGACAACCGACCGAUUGUAGAUGUUCAAUGCCUGGAUGCCAUUACCAACAUACCUUACAAUGAAACAGGUGAUGUUGCAACGUGUACAACAGAGCACGGUUUGGUAUGUCUCAACAGCGGAAACGUAUUCACUGACGACGAGCAGUGUGAAGAUUAUAAAGUUCGCUUUCUCUGUGGGUGUAAGGAUGAAGUGACAACAGAGCCUCCCACGACAACAGAACGCUGCGAGUACUGGACACAGUACUUUAACGAAAGCACACCAACUCAAGGCGAGAAUGGAUUGGAGACUGAAACUUUGCAAGACCUCAGGGAAAAGUACAUGAUCUGUCACAAUAGGCUCAUCACAGGCAUCGAAUGUGUGAAUGGUAGUGGCACGCCAUACACUCAAACAGGUGAUGUAGCGUUCUGCAAUGUGACGGAAGGAUUCAGAUGCUUAAACAGCGAGAACUGGUUCUUAGAGGAUGAACAAUGCGACGACUACAAAGUCCGUUUCUACUGCAGCUGCCGUGAAGAUGAAACGACGGUAAGGCCGCCAACAACGAGUGAGGCAGUGGCAACAACCACACCAUCAGGCAUAUGCAUCGACCACUGGACACAGUUCUUCAAUGAAAACACACCAACUCAUGGAGAAAAUGGCUUUGAGAUUGAAAGUUUGCACGACCUAAAGGAAAAGUACAUGAUCUGUUACGAGAUGCUUAUCACAGAUAUUGAAUGUGUGAAUGCUACUGGGACGCCAUACUAUGAAACAGGUGAUGUAGCAUUCUGCGAUGUGACGCAAGGAUUCAGAUGCUUAAACAGCGAGAACUGGUUCUUAGAGGAUGAACAAUGCGACGACUACAAAGUCCGUUUCUUCUGCUCAUGUCCAGAGACAACAACCCCAGAGACAACAACUCCCGAGCAAUGCGACCCUUACUGGACUGAGUUCUUUGAUGAAAGCACACCUACCAUAGGACUCAAUGGCCAGGAGACUGAAACUUUGGAAGACCUCAGAACGAAGUACAUGAUCUGUCACGGGCAACCAAUUACAGACGUUGAGUGUGUAGAUGAGAAUGGCAUAUCAUAUCGUGACACAGGUGAUGUGGCAAGCUGCACAACAGAGGGGGGGCUUGUGUGCAACAAUCAUGACAACUGGUUUACAGAAGAUAAACAGUGCUCCAACUACAAAGUCCGUUUCCAAUGUGGAUGCCAAACAACUACAGAGACACCAACUACUACAGAGACAACUACUACAGAGACACCAACUACUACGCCACUAUGUACCCCGUACUGGACUGACUACUUUGAUGAAAGCACACCUACUAUAGGACUAAAUGGCCAGGAGACUGAAACUUUGGAAGACCUCAGAACGAUGUACAUGAUCUGUCACGGCCUACCGAUUACAGACGUUGAGUGUGUAGAUGAGAAUGGCGUAUCAUAUCUCGAUACAGGGGAUGUGGCAAGCUGCACCACAGAGGAAGGACUUCUGUGCAGCAAUCAUGACAACUGGUUUACAGAAGAUAAACAGUGUUCCAACUACAAAGUCCGUUUCUACUGUGGAUGCCCAGAGCCAAUAUGUAACCCGUACUGGACUGACUACUUUGAUGAAAGCACACCUACUAUAGGACUAAAUGGCCAGGAGACUGAAACUUUGGAAGACCUCAGAACGAAGUACAUGAUCUGUCACGGUCUACCGAUUACAGACGUUCAGUGUGUUGAUGAUGAUGACGUAUCAUAUCUCGAUACAGGUGAUGUGGCAAGCUGCACCACAUCGGAAGGACUUACGUGCAGCAAUCAUGACAACUGGUUUACACACGAUCAACAGUGCUCAAACUACAGAGUCCGUUUCCAAUGUGGAUGCCCCACAACUCCAGAGCCACCAUGCGCACCACAGUGGACUGACUACUUUGAUGAAAGCUCACCUACCAUAGGACUAAAUGGCCAGGAGACUGAAACCCUGGAAGACCUCAGAACGAAGUACAUGAUCUGCCACAACCAACCAAUUACAAACGUUGAGUGUGUAGAUGAGAAUGGCAUAUCAUAUCUUGACACGGGUGAUGUGGCAAGCUGCACCACAUCGGAAGGACUUACGUGCCUCAAUUCUGAAAACUGGUUUACAGACGAUCAACAGUGCUCCAACUACAGAGUCCGUUUCCAAUGUGGAUGCUCAACUCCAGAGCCACCAUGCGCCCCACAGUGGACUGACUACUUUGAUGAAAGCUCACCUACCACAGGGCGAAAUGGCCAGGAGACUGAAACUUUGGAAGACCUCAGAACGAAGUACAUGAUCUGCCACAACCAACCAAUUACAGACGUUGAGUGUGUAGAUGAGAAUGGCGUAUCAUAUCUUGACACGGGUGAUGUGGCAAGCUGCACCACAGAGGCAGGACUUACAUGCCUCAAUUCUGAAAACUGGUUUACAGCCGAUAAACAGUGCUCCAACUACAGAGUCCGUUUUCUAUGUGGAUGUCAAGAGACGACAACUUCACAGCCAGUAACCACCCAUCCACCAUUUUCUGGAAACGUGUCAGAGGUCUUUAUUCACACAAUAAUGGAGGGAUUCGACUACACGUUAAAUAUGUCCAUCAAAGGAACAGAAGAUUACAUGAUGUUGGAAGAAGGUGUCUUACAAAUGAUUGGGAUGAUGUUUGAUGACUAUCUUGGAACCGGCAUAAACGUGUCCAUUGUAUCAGUCGUGAAUGGUAGUGUGGAUGUCACAACCAAGUUAGAUCUGUAUGAGGAGCUGAUUCCAACUGCAUACUCCCGGAUCCUAGGCAACGAUUGGCUAAAGACAGUGCUCGUAGAUGAGCUGCCUCCUGAACGCUAUGCGUAUUUAUUGAGCAUUGAUGAAGCACGUCGGACACUGGAUGAAGAACAUGGACAUGAGCAUACACUCCACUAUGCGAUGAGGAACUGUGGAGAUUUUGUUCCUGGAUGUGUACCUAAGGAGUUGUGCUUAACUUGGGAAAAUGAAACAAAUUGUCGGUGCUUCACUGGCUAUGUAGACAGUCAUGGCCACAUUUGCACAGCAACACCAUCACCUCCACCAGACGGCUAUUGUGAGCCCUACUGGACCCCCUUCUUCAACACCAACACAACCACAGCAGGAGAGUUUGGUGGGGAGAUGGAACUGCUGGAAAACGUCAGACAGGGAAAUUACAGCAUUUGUGACGAUGACUACAUCAUAGACAUCAUGUGCAGGAAAGUAGGAACGAACCUGACUGCUGAUGAUUUAGGUCAGACAGUGCUGUGCAACAACACAAUGGGACUGAGUGGAUUGAGGUGCUUCAAUAGUGACAACCUGGACACAGAUGCUGGCCAGUGUGAAGAUUACGAAGUUUCUUACAAGUGUGGAUGUGAAAUAGAGAUUGUGACAUCAGUGCUGUCAUCAAGGAUGGUGGGUAUUGAGUGGAGUGUGAGGUUUACAGACAAGAACAGCUGGGAGUACAAGUUGGUUGAAGAAUACUACAUGAAGAUGACGAGAACUAUGCUGGCAGAUAUUGAUGGUAUCUUCGGUAUGCGGUUCCUAGGGAUCACGCCGGGGAGUAUCAUUGUCAGCGUUGAGAUCAACUCAACUCGAGCGGCAGUACACCUGCUUCGGUACAGGUCACUAGAACUGGAUGAUGACUGGCACUUUGUACCUGACGACAUGACAAUGGGAAAUAUGUCAAUCUGGGAGCUGAUGGGAGAUCAGUGCACGUCAAGUCUUCACACCACCUGCACUCCAGUAGAGACCUGCUUUCUACACCAUCAUGGCGAAUACCGCUGUCGUUGCCAUUCAGGCUUCAUUGAGAUUGAAAAUAAAACAAGAUGCAUUGAUGUAGACGAGUGUGAAGUGGCAAUAGAUGAGUGUGCAAUGUACAACAAGUCAUGCACAAACCUUCCCGGGUCCCACGCAUGCCACUGCCCGGACGGGCUGGUGUGGAAUGUAACAAGCUCUUCUUGCGGCGAACCCAUUGUGGCUAAGUGGGUGCCUAUACGACUCAAUGUAACAGACUGUUCAGAUCUAGACUGUAGCCCAGGGACCUGUGAGUAUGACACUGCCGGGACUCCCUUCUGCCGAUGCCCUGACGGCACCAAGAGAAACAACUGCCAUGAAGGACUAAUUGGAGAUGCAGAAACGGGGUCUUUGGCAGCGUUGGCAGCACUGGCAGCAAUCAUCCCCUGCUGCUGCUGUCUGGCCAUCCUAGCUGCACGCAAACAGCGCAAGAAGAGAAAGCUCCUUUUACUUCAUUCCACGGGAGUCUCUUCUCAUCGUUGCUCCCAAAAUGACAGAUAAGACAACAAGUGUCUUCGACAAUGACAGUGCUUACGCAGCCCGUCUUGGACAGAACCCAGACUCCUGGUCCUCACACACUGACAGCCCAUCUUUCAGUGGGAGUGAUGCACCACUGUUUAUAGGACGGUACAUGCCAACCCCUGAGUCUGUCAGACGUCGAACCUCCAAUGAGAUGUACCGGGAGUCCGAUGAUGAAAGCCUCAAGCAAUACCAUCAGAUCUUCAAGCAAGAUCGAAAAUUCAAGCUUGAGCGACCCAAGUUUACAUGGUUGCCUCCAAUGACCUAAAAAUGGAGGCAGUCUCAGAGUCAACAGAUAUUGUGCAAAAUCACCAGCACUCGAAUAUCUAAGUAACUAUAAAGUAACAAUAUUAGAAAAAAAGUAGAUUAAUAUAAAAAUUCAAAAUAUCUAUGUGCACUAUAGAAGGCAACUUUAAAGAACGUUAUCAUACUGACAUUGACGAUAUAUUGAUAUUGACAUAGCAUGAAUUUCCUUAGCAGUAUUUCAAAGAGUGCUUUUAAGAGUACAAGUAGAACAUUUUGUUGCAAUUCUCACAUACGAUGGCAAAUUGAUUGUAUUUAUUCAGGAAGAAAUAUUCAUAGAUUCGAGCCCAACCUUAAAAUAAUGAUAUGCAAGACUGACUUGCAUUAUUUAUCAUUGAACUAAGUUUACACAAUAUCUUAGUAGGGCAAGCAACUAUGUUGCGGCAACUAGUCAUCUGUUAGAUAUUACAAUGCUGCUUUCUAUUCCUAGAGUGACAAUAACUUUGUAUUUCUUAUUAGAAUGCUGCUACUCUUGUAAAGCUUUUGAAAUUAUAAAGGACUAAAGGGUAAGAAUCCUUAAAGUAGAAAUAAAGACAGUUUUUCUCUUCUAAUGUUAGAUACCAAAGGUUAAAAAUCCUUAAUGUAGAAAUAAAGACAGUUAAUAUAUUCUCUCCUCUUAUGUCAAAUACAAUUGCAUUUAUUUAAUUAUUUAUCUGUCCUGCAUGGAGUAUCUCUAUAUAAUCAGAUACAUUUCCAGUCUAGCUUAGCUCACU